AUGUCGUCACUCCGCCUCCGCCUCCCCCUCCGCCUGCACGCCCGCCACUCCUCCUCCGCCUCUCAACCCUCACACAGCCAGGGCUGGGAUCCCCACGCCGCCUUCGCCGCCGCCACGGAGCGUGCGCGCUCUGGCAGCCUCACCCCGGCGGACGCACACCACCUGUUCGACGAAUUGCUGCGGCAGGCCAAUCCUGUCCAGGAGCGCCCCCUCAACAACUUUCUCGCCGCCCUCGCCCGCGCGCCGGCCCUCACGGUCGCCCUCUUCAGCCUCAUAUCCAAAGGCGCCCGCCGACGGGUGGCGCAGCCAAAUGUCUUCACCUAUGGCGUCCUUAUGGACUGCUGCUGCCGUGCACACCGCCCGGAUCUGGCACUAGCGUUCUUCGGCCGUUUCCUCAGGACGGGCCUGGAGGCAGACCAAGUCGUCUUCAACACCCUCCUCAAGGGCCUUUGCCAUGCAAAGCAGGCAGAUGAGGCCGUGAACGUGCUUCUUCACAGGAUGCCUGACCUGGGCUGCACUCCCAAUGUGGUGGCGUACAACACCGUCAUCCAUGGCUUCUUUAGGGAAGGCCAAGUAGGCAAGGCAUGCGAUAUGUUCCAUGGAAUGGCACAUAAGGGCGUUAUGCCUAAUGUGGUGACAUAUAACUCGGUUAUUGAUGCACUGUGCAAGGCCAGGGCCAUGGACAAAGCAGAGACGGUCCUUGGUCAAAUGGUAAAUGAUGGUGUCGGACCUAAUAAUGUCACAUAUAAUAGCCUCAUCCAUGGAUAUUCCUCUUUGGGUAAUUUGAAGGAGGCGGUUAGGGUAUUCAAAGAGAUGAGUCGGAGGUUUACACCAGAUGUCGUUACCUGCACCUCACUCAUGGCCUUCCUUUGCAAGAAUGGAAAAAGCAAAGAAGCUGCAGAAAUUUUUGAUUCAAUGGCCACCAAGGGCCUCAAACGUGACACCGUUUCAUAUGCUAUUCUCCUUCAUGGGUAUGCCACUGAAGGAUGCUUGGUUGACAUGAUUAAUCUCUUCAAUUCAAUGGCAACAGACUGUAUUCUACCUAACUGUCAUAUCUUCAAUAUACUGAUUAAUGCAUAUGCUAAAUCUGGGAAGCUUGAUAAGGCUAUGCUUAUCUUCAAUGAAAUGCAGAAACAAGGAGUGAGUCCAGAUUUAACCAGAUGGUUGAUAUGGGAGUACGACCGAAUGCAAUUGUUUAUGAAAGCAAAGGAAUUGGUUACUGAAAUGAGGAACAAAGCUAUGCGUCCUCCUCAUAUUAAGUUCUUCCAUUCAAUAAUGCAGAACCUAUGCACGGAAGGAAGGGUAAUAGAAGCACGGGAUAUCCUCGACUUGAUGCUGCACAUAGGUAUGAGGCCUGAUGUUCCCAUCUUUAAUUUACUAAUCGGUGGAUACUGCCUAGUCCGCGAGAUGGAGGAUGCAACAAAAAUGUUUGAUGAUAUGGUGUCAUAUGGUUUAGAACCUUGUAACAAUACGUAUGGUAUACUUAUUAAUGGCUAUUGCAAAAAUAGAAGGAUUGAUGACGGGCUUAUUCUAUUCAAAGAGAUGCUGCGCAAGGGACUUAAACCUACAACUUUUAAUUAUAACGUCAUACUGGAUGGAUUAUUUCUGGCUGGACGAACUGUUGCUGCAAAGGUGAAGUUUAAUGAGAUGGUUGAAUCUGGAGUAAGUGUGUGCAUUGAUACAUACUCUAUAGUUCUUGGUGGACUUUGUAGAAAUAAUUGCACCGGUGAAGCAAUCACGCUGUCCAAGAAAUUAAGUACAAUGAAUGUCAAAUUCAAUAUUGCAAUUGUCAAUAUCUUGAUUGGUGCAUUCUUCAGGGUUCGGCGAAACCAAGAAGCUAAGGAUUUGUUUGCUGCUAUACCAGCCAAUGGCUUGGUUCCUAAUGCUGUUACCUACACCAUAAUGAUGACAAAUCUUAUAAAAGAAGGUUCAGUGGAAGAAGCUGACACUCUCUUUUUAUCAAUGGAGAAGAGCGGGUGUACUGCCAACUCUUGUAUGUUAAAUCAUAUUAUCAGAAGGUUACUGGAAAGAGGAGAGAUAGUCAAGGCUGGAAAUUAUAUGUCGAAAGUUGAUGCAAAGAGCUACUCACUUGAAGCUAAAACUGUUUCGCUGCUGAUCUCCCUCUUGUCAGGGAAAGGGAAAUAUAGAGAACACAUAAAAUUGCUCCCUAUGAAGUAUCAGUUUCUCGAAGAAGCAGCCACAGUUGAAUAGUUUGAUACAUGAUCUCUGAACUUAACUCCUAGAAGUUAAACUUGGAUUGUUGCUUGCCAUGGGUCCUUAUGCUUGUACAACAAAUGCAUUUUCUGUUGGGAAAUAGAAAGCCAGUCCUAAAUUCUGUCACUUUUUGUUAAGUUCGUGAUGCGCUGAAAACUUGCAAUAACAACAAUGGCAGUAGAAAACAUAAAACGAUUAAUUAUCUCUGUGUUUUUUGGUAUCGUAUGUUCGGGAAAGGUAGACCAAGUAGUCUAACUAAACUGAUUGGAUUGUUAAAAGCUAAUGGCUUCGGAUGAGGAUUAAAAAAGGUAUAGAUAGGUUGGCGUGCUUCUUAAAAAGAUAGAGAUAUGUCGGCGCAUAUGAUAGUGAAAAUCUUUUGUUGGAUUGGCUACCAAGGACUAUAGAGCUCUGGGCAUCCAUGUUAUGCUGAUAACAGGAUAUGAGAAAGGAACCUCUCAGGCAAUAUGCCAUGAGAUUGGUGCAUUUUCACCUGAUGAUGAUGUUAGCAUAAUGUGCAUUACAGGGAACAAGUUUGUGGCACUUGCGGACAAGAAGGCACUGGUAUGAAGGAACAGUGGCCUUCUGUUCUCUAUGUCAGAGCCUAGGCCCAAGGAAGAGAUUGGGAGACUGCUGAAAGAAGAUGGUGAAGUUGUUGCUAUGACUGGAGAUGGUGUAAAUGUUGUCCCUGCUCAAAAAUUUGCUGACAUUGGUAUAGCAAUAUGUAUUACCGGCACUGAGAUAUUUCUUACUCACACCAUCUCAGACUGUUUUCAAAAACCAUUUCUCCCAAUUUGUUUUGAAUCAGGAGAAGUGCCCCAUUUUCUAUGAUGUCAAAUGGAAAAGUUCCCAUGGUACUCUACUCAGUAAGCCGCCUGUUCCUGAAAGAGAUUACAACACAUGUGUU